GGCGCCUGCGCAGGGUGGGGGUCGGGUUCUGGCCCCGGUCUGCCUUGCUUGCGAAGUUGUCCAGGGGCCCGGGAGAAGUUGGCGGCGCUGGGCGGAGGCAAGGGCGGUGGGGCCGGGCCGCUCGCUCGCGUCCCUGCCGGCCAUGGCGUUCCGCAGGCGGGCGAAAAGCCACCCGCUCUUCAGCCAGGAGUUUCUCAUCCACAACCACGCUGACAUCGGCUUCUGCCUAGUGCUCUGCGUGUUGAUCUCGCUUAUGUUCGAGGUUACAGCCAAGACUGCCUUCUUGUUCAUCUUACCUCAGUAUAAUGUCAGUGUGCUGACAGCAGAUGGUGAAAUUGUUCUUUAUCACUACGGGCUGAAGGAUUUGGUUACAAUCCUCUUCUACAUCUUCAUAGCAAUCAUUCUGCAUGCUGUGGUGCAGGAAUAUGCACUGGAUAAAAUUAACCGUCGACUUCAUCUUUCCAAAAUCAAGCACAGCAAAUUCAAUGAAUCUGGACAGCUGGUAGCAUUUCAUCUUGCCUCUAUGGUUUGGUGCUUAUAUGUAAUAAUAACAGAAGGAUACUUAUCGAACCCCAAAAGUCUGUGGGAAAGCUACCCUCAUGUUCAUCUCCCGUUCCAGGUUAAGUUUUUCUACCUUUGUCAGUUGUCCUACUGGCUGCAUACAUUGCCUGAAUUAUAUUUCCAGAAGGUGCGAAAGGAAGAAAUUCCACGUCAGCUGCAAUAUAUCACCCUUUAUCUAGUGCAUAUAUCAGGAGCAUAUCUCUUAAACCUCACACGCCUGGGACUAAUCUUGUUGCUGCUGCAGUAUGUUGCUGAAUUCCUCUUCCACAUGGCUCGCCUUUUUUAUUUCACAGAUGAAAACAAUGAAAAGUUGUUUAAUGCAUGGGCAGUAGUUUUUGUCAUCUCACGACUUUUCACCCUCACCCUUUCUGUGCUGGUCAUUGGCUUUGGGCUGGCUCGAGUGGAGAACCAGGCAUUUAACCCUGAAAAAGGAAACUUCAACACUUUGCUUUUCAGGAUGGGCGUGUUGCUUCUGGUGUGUUUCUCACAGGCCUGGAUGAUGUGGCGCUUCAUUCAUUUUCAGUUGCGACGCUGGCGUGAAUACUGGAAUGAGCAGAACACUAGAAAAAGGGUUCCAGCCACUGUCCACUUCAAACAGCAAGUAAAGACAAUGAAAAGGGAAUCUGGUUACCAUGAAAAUGGAGUAGUAAAGGCAGAAAACGGUACCUCACCACGGAACAAGAAACUCAAGUCUCCGUAGAGCCAAAGCACAGCCGACAUGGGAUGUUUGAGGAGGAGACAGAGGUGCAAGAAUGAGGACUCUGGAAAUAUGAAGCACCUUCCUCUCUUCUGUCCUCACAAUGCUCACCUCAAGUGAUGUGCCCACAGAGUGAACAAGCUCACUUUCUCUCCUCCCCCAUCCUCAUGUCUUUCUGUCUCUGUCUCUUUUUGCAAUAACCAAAAGGCCUUCAUCCUUGACAGAGAGGCUUAAGAACACCAAAAGCUUUUCCUUGUCCUGUUGUGUAUUGUGCAAUUCAAAAAAAAAAAAAAGUUUUGCUUGUUUUCAUGCCCCCAGAAAUGUGGUGGGGGGGGGUUAGAACUCUGUUCCCAACAUACCUUUUUUCUCCUUCACUUCCUUACAUCUGUUUUUUGGCUUGGAGCUAUUACAGCUUUAGCCCAUGAUGGAAUUUGGUUCUGAGAGUAGAUUUGGGGAACUGUAAAUUCUGGUUUCUCUAGAAAAUGCACUCUUGCAAGGAUAGGUUUUGAAAGAAAUGCAGUUUUAGUCCUGUUCAAAGAGCAUCCUCUAAUCUGAAUUCUGUAAUUAUGUUACCCAUUCAGUAAGCUUUGUAAAAUGGUUAGGAUACCAUUUCCUAACAUGAUGGAAAGAUACAGAUGGUUACUUUUAUCUGUUUGUGAUUUAUCAUGCUCAGUUUUCAAAGUUAAAGUUUCAUUUGUAGCUUUAGCUACCUUCUGAAGACUGGAACAGAUAUGGUCCUCUUUCUUAUCUUUCUCUUCUGGUCCUAAAACAGAAUUAAUGUUUUCUUGGAAACAAUUGAAUUUUCCUUAAAAAAAGGAGAAUGUACUUGUCCUGUCAGUAUAGUAUGAGUGAAGUAUGAUUUUCAUCUUCAUUGGCUUAGGAAGUUUCAGCCUAUAGCAUCUUGAGGGAAGGGAGAAGUUUCUCCAUUCAUUUAAAAAGGAGCUCAGGGCAUUUUUACUAGUGAAGAAGAGAAGACACGUUCACAAUAGGAUAAUAUCUUUCAUGUUGAAGAUUUUAUCUGUUGACUUUCUUAAGGAAGUGCUAGUGUAGCCUUGUUGUUUGAGUCAUUCAUGUUUAACAUCAUCCAAUCAUAGAAUAGUAAUAUUUUGUCUAUGAAAUGUAUUCCUAUGCAUAUUUUCUGAGAAGUAAAUUCCAGCAAAUUCAGAUAGGCUUAUUCCAUUUCAUUGUGGUAUAGAAUUGCAAUCUGUCAUUUGUUUUCCCAAGCAUCUCUUUUUCUAAGUUGCAUCUAAUAGGUUCUGAAUCCACACCUGUCAUGGUGUUCUUAUUUCUACAACUAUAGAGAUUGUUUUUAUUCAGAUUGAAGGCAAUUUAGUUCCUAGUUGCUUAGUAGGUUCAAUGAGGUUCAAUUAUGAAAGAUAGGGGAGGGGAGAGAAGGAAUAAUGUCUCAAAAGGGGAGAGCACAAUUUGUAAAGCUGGUGGAUGAUAUUAAAAAGUGAAAUCUACCUCGGAAGCCACCCAUUCCUACAUUUCUUUUAAUUAACUUGAUUUGGCACCUACAAAAAAUUGGGGUUGUUCAAACAAAACUUUUAGAGUUACUUUGUACAUCUUUAAUGUUUUUUGUUUUAAUGAAAAGUGUCUACUGUUCUCCUUUGUGUAUGCUUAAACAUAUUUUAUUCAGCAGAGUUGCUUCAUGACUAUGUCUUGUUUUAAGCCCAAGUGUAACUGGAUCAUCUUACAAUGUUGUUCUGCUUUUUAAAUAAUACAAAGAAGAAACUUUGGAUUUCAAUGCUCUUUUGCCAUAAUUUGGAAUAGAAAUAUCUAUUUCAUUAAUAGAUUGAAUGAAAUCAAUAGAAUACAUACUUAGUGGUAGGGUGUCCCAGGAUUUGACCCAACUACUCCUUUUUGUGAAUGCUUUUAUUGUGUCUAAAGUAGGUCUGCAUAAGUUAAGACCUGCCAAACCAAAUACAUUAGCCAUGAGUUUCAUCCUGCCAGAGCAUCUCUGGUUUGCAUUUAGAUCAACUGUUAAGAGGGAUUGCUGCAGUCUUAGCAGACAGCAGUGCAUGAUUAAUGAGUAGCAGUAAGUGUCAUGAGUCAGGCUUAGCUGUAAAAUUUGGGGGGACUUUAAGAGGUGAAGAAGACUCUAUAAACUGCUUACAAUAUUUGUAUCUCUGAAGAAUCAUUUGUCUCUUUUUAUCCCUCUUGUAAUGGACUUUAAUGCUGCUUGGCACUACUUGAUACUGUACAGAGAGCUAUUUUUCCCCCCACCAAAAUCUUGAAAUGUUCAGAUCAGAGCCCUUCUGAGCUGAAAUCAACUAUACCAUAGUGUGCCUGUCAUUCCUUAGCUCUUAUUGAGUUCUAAAUAUACCUCAUCUGUAUCAUUUUUAUACAGGAGUGAAGGAGUAAACUGGGUUAGGGAUGGUGCUAAGUAGGUCAGAUAUGGUGAGCCAACUUACAUGCUUAUGUGAAUGUGAUAACUUUAUUGCUUGCGCCUAACGGAAAGCCCACCACUAUUGCAAAGCAGAUAUGUAUGGCUUCUAUCACCAGAAGGACUACUCUUGGGCCUCUAUGGCAUGUUGAUGAUCAUCUUGCAAUAGUAGGUGUAAUAAAAUUGCCCUGAUUUUUAAGUGUUUUGAGUCUCUGGAAACAUAAUGAAUUCACUGCACUCUUUUCAGUUUUUCCCCAAAGCUACCAAAAUGCAAAAUAAAAUAAAAUAAAAUAAAAUAAAAUAAAAUAAAAAUCCAAAUAUUUUACUUGCAUCUUUUUGGGAGUGCUUUGGGGGUCCCAAAAUAUAUGUGCAAUUUGUAGGCUUUCUUAUACACCAAUUCUUUACAUCAUCACCAAUUCUAAAUUGGAAUUCCUUAUCCUUUUUGUUAAUUCUGAUCUUAGUUAAAUGGAGCUUUCUGACUUUGCACCAAACUCAGUCAAAAGACUUAGGUUUCCCAAAGAACUUGUUCUAGAAAGCUGCAAAAAAAGCCUCCAAACAGGCCUUACCUUGACCCAGUUAGUUCAACUCCUUUCAUCCAGCACCAGGUUUUCAAUUGUAGUACAAUUUUGUGCAAGUGCCUUACAUUAUCAAAUAGACUUUCCAAUCUUUUUAUCUUUAAUAUUGGUUUUUCUUUGUAUAUGUAUUGUUGUAGUUCACUUAUACUGUAUGCACUAGUUUAGCUAUUCAAAAAGGGGGCAGCUUUUGCUGGAUGCUUUGCUUCAAUUUCUAUGCCUUUUUGACCAUAAGUAGUUGCUUGAUAAGUAUAAUUGUUGGAACUAUUCUAGAUGCAAGAAUCUCUUUUGUAAUAUGGAACAAUCCAUAAUAUCACAAACAUUUUCAUAGCAGACUAGAUGUUCUUGGUUUUAAUUUUGAAUGUGUCAUUGUAGUUCUAAAACUUUUUGAACAACUGCUUUUGAGCAUCUUUCACAGCGUCUGUUGCUAGAAUUAGAUGUUCUGCUUAGUUUUGUAAUUAUUUAGGAACAGGGCCUUUAAAAAACACUAUGCGGUCAUUGAAACUGCAAUUCUAAGCAAAAGUUAUACAUACGUAAGACAUCACCAAUUUGUGCCACCUUUUAUGGAGAAUUGCCUUUUACUUUGGGUGCUUUCAUUCUCAAAAUAAAAGAUCUUGGUGUUACAAUACAAGUGAAAAUAACUUGGUGGGAGUUAUCUUUCCUCUCCAGCACUAAUGGUCUGUUUCAAAUUGCUGUCUCAGUAGAUAUUGUGUGUGGAUCUAAAGAGAGACAACCCACCAACACAAAUGGGAUUUUAACCUAAGGUUGCCUUUGUAUGAGUAAGCAUACACUAAGCAUCUCACUCUAAAUUAAAUAAUAAGAGCCUGAAUCUUAAUUUACUUGGUUCUUCUAUACUCUGCUUCUCCCACUACUCAAUUAAAAAAGGUUGUAUCGAUUUAUGAUCUGUUGUGAGUGAUCUCAUCUUGAGGGAAAGAAAUGGGAAAAAGUAGUUCUCUAUAAUGUAAUUAUAUUUGUUUGGGUUGGGGCAACAUCAUUAGCUCUGGGACUUAUUUUUCCUUUAACACAGGAUUAAGUGCGGAGAACCUCAUAGUGCCUUUCCUUUCUUUCUUGUUCUAGGUCAAGGGUAAGCAAAUGUUUUGGGUCAAAGUAUGUUUGGAAUUUUGAGAAUAUAUGCUGAGCAUGUUUGCAGAAUGAGUGUCAGGUUAGAUAUGGUCGGUCACAAAAUACCCAUUUAACAAAUGGUGAACUAGCCCCCAGAUAUUAUUUGUUACCCCUGUGGGACCUCAGGGUUGCAGAUAAUGCUAGAGGCUGGUGCUUCACUUUAAAGUAUGCCACCUUCCCAAUUUUAUUAAUUUUUUUAAAAAUUGAAACUGUUUUUAAAAAGUUAGGAAGCAAGAUGGGGUUCAAGAAGUUGCAAUGGACACAAAUUUGCUUAUCCCUGGCCUAAUAAAGUUUUGUAGCAUAAUAUUGAGAUUUAACUAAGCGUUCCAAAGCUCAGUAAGUAGUAAAUCUUUGUGAUUUUGGAAAUAGUAUAUGGUUUGCUUUUCUUUGAACUAUCCAUGGGAUAAAGCAGCUAGCAAAAUAAUUAAAUGUCCUACCCAUACAAUUUUUUUAGGCUUUGUUUUUUAAACAAAUUGUAGUGUUAUGUAAAAUGCAUUGUGAAGGUUGCAAAUAAUUUGCUGUCAGUCUGGUUGAAAUUAAGAUUUUGUUCUGUUUCUGAUACUAUUAAGUGGAAAACCGUUUACCUCUAUACAUUCUUUUGUGUCUUCCAGAAGAAGAAAAAAAUCUUUAUUAUCCUGAAACCACAGCUACAUCAGGGUUAUUUCUAAGGGCUUUGUUUUGUUGACCUUCUUCAGAAAUUAAGUAUUAUAAUUGUUCUACAAAUGACAGUAUAGUGCAGAAAAUGUUAUAUUAGAAGUGUACAUGGCUGGGUUUUUUCCCAUUAGUAAUUCUAAUUAUGGACCAAAUCUAAGCCUAAUUUUGCAUAUUUAAAUUUAAUCUUGUUGUCUCCUGGUUUGCAGGGAGGGAAGGGACAAUUUUGGGGGAUAUUUUUUUUCUCAACAUUUUAUUCCCACCAUUGAAAAAUCCAAUUUGUUUAUGAUUUUUUUGUUAUUGUUAAAGUGCUUUUAUGAAAGCAAUCUGUGAUACAACUAUUUUUCUGAAAUAAAAAAGGCAUAGAAUGAUGAAAAGUA